GGGGAAAGUCUGGGGUAAGCGUGUUGUCGUGUAGUUUCCCAACCUCUUAGUUAUCAAUCCCAUCGUGGUUUGUUUGCUCUACUUAGCAUUCGAUUUGUUUCACACUUUCCCAUCCGAACACACGCCCGCCUGCCAUCCUAAUUGCUGCGCUGUUAUCCGUUAAAUCGUCUCUUGCUUUCCAGAUUCAACAUUCAACAUUCAAGAUGCGAGGUAUUCAAGUAGCGAGUUACGUCAAGGCUCCCCAUGAGCUCAACGUGACGGAGCUGGCGGACCCCAAGCAGGCCCCGGAUGACUAUCUCAUCGAGGUCCAUGCCGCAGCGACGAACUUCUUUGAUAUCCUGCAGAUCCAGGGUAAAUACCAGCACCAGCCACCCUUCCCCUGGGUCUCUGGUGCCGAGUUCGCGGGCAUCGUGCUGGCCACUCCCGCCAACUCCAAGAACCCCAAGUUCCCAGUCGGCUCCCGAGUCUUCGGAGCCACCCAAGGCGCAUAUGCCACCAAGUGUGUGGCCAAGGAGGUUAGCAUGCUGGCUGUCCCGCCGGGCUGGAGCUACAAAGAGGCGGCGGGGUUGUUUGUGACGGCACCCACAAGCUACGGUGCACUGGUUGUACGUGCCGGAGUCAAGGCAGGCGACUAUGUCCUCGUCCAUGCGGCGGCUGGAGGCGUCGGCCUUGCUGCCGUUCAAGUCGCCAAGGCCUUUGGCGCGACCGUCAUCGCCACAGCCGGCACCGAGCGGAAGCUCCAAGUAGCCAAGGCGUUCGGCGCUGAUCACGUCAUCGACUACCGAGACGCAAAGUGGCCCGAGACGGUCAAGAAACUGACGCCCAAGGGCAGGGGUGUUGACAUCGUCUACGACCCCGUGGGCAUGGUCGACAAGAGCACAAAGUGCACCGCCUGGAACGGGCGCAUCCUGAUUGUCGGGUUCGCCGCAGGCACCAUUGAGAAGGUGGCCAUGAACAAGGUGCUCCUCAAGAACAUCAGCUUGGUUGGCAUCCACUGGGGGCAGUAUGCCGUUCACGAGAAGGAGACGGUGGUGACAGUGUGGCAGGGGAUCAUGAAGUUGAUCGCCGAGGGCAAAUUCAGGGGCACCGAAUUUACGGAUAAGGAGUUCGUUGGGCUCGAGACUAUCCCCGACGCUCUAAAGGCUCUGGGGAGCAGAGGGACAUGGGGUAAAGUGGUCGUCACUGUUCCUCAGGAGGGACAGAGCAACCCCGCCCCCCCCCAAACCGCCAAGCUGUUCGCAUCAUACUUAAGACGCACCCUCCGCUCCAGCGCUAGCGGUCUCUCCGUAGCUGCUGCCGCAACGCUCUCCCAGAAGAGUGCCCCGUACUAUCAGAGCGAGAUACACACCAUCGGCAAGCGGAGGAUGCACAGCAAAGUCGUUAUCAUCGGCUCUGGGCCAGCCGCCCACACGGCCGCCAUCUACCUAGCCCGUGCCGAGCUAAAGCCGGUCCUGUACGAGGGCUUCAUGGCCAACGGCGUUGCGGCGGGCGGCCAGCUGACGACGACGACCGAGGUCGAGAACUUCCCGGGCUUCCCCGAGGCCGUGACGGGCCAGGAGCUGAUGGACAAGAUGCGGGCCCAGUCGGAACGCUUCGGCACCGUCAUCGUCGGCGAGACGGUCGGCAAGCUCGACCUGUCGAAGCGGCCGUUCGAGUACUCGACCGAGUGGAGCCCCGACGACGUCAUGACGGCCGACGCCGUGAUCCUCGCUACGGGCGCGUCGGCCCGUCGGCUGAACCUGCCGGGCGAGGACAAGUACUGGCAGAACGGCAUCUCGGCGUGCGCCGUGUGCGACGGCGCGGUGCCCAUCUUCCGCAACAAGCCGCUCGUGGUCAUCGGCGGCGGCGACUCGGCCGCCGAGGAGGCCAUGUUCCUGACCAAGUACGGCAGCCACGUCACGGUGCUCGUGCGCCGCGACAAGCUGCGCGCCAGCAGCAUCAUGGCCCGCCGCCUGCUCAGCAACAAGAAGGUCACGGUGCGCUUCAACACCGUCGGCGUCGAGGUCAAGGGCGACAGCAAGGGGCUGAUGAGCCACCUCGUCGUCAAGGACGUCGUCUCGGGCGCCGAGGAGACCCUCGAUGCCAACGGCCUGUUCUACGCCGUCGGCCACGACCCGGCCACGGGCCUCGUCAAGGAGCAGCUGGAGACCGACGAGGACGGCUACGUCCGCACGGUGCCCGGCUCUACCGUUACCAGCGUGAAGGGGUUGUUUGCGGCGGGGGAUGUCCAGGACAAGAGGUAUCGGCAGGCCAUCACCAGCGCGGGCACCGGCUGCAUGGCGGCGUUGGAUGCGGAGAAGUACCUGGCGGACCUCGAGGAGGAGCAGGCGGAUGGGAAACUAUAGAAU